AUGUACGGCAAGUUACCAGCAUCACAAGCAAUCACAGGUUUGCGCAAUUUUGCUCAGACACGCUUCGCUAUCUGGACUUGGCAAGAUCUGUGUUCAAAAACAAAAGCAAAACAUAGUCAAAUAAGUAAAUACAAGAAAGGAACAGGUGGUGGCCCUGCUUUAUUACCUUUGGAGCAAUUAACAUCUACGGAACAGCAGGUUUUGGAAACAAUUAAUGCAACAGCAAUUAGUGGCCUUGAUAAUAUUGCAGAAACGGAAGCAGUAUUUGAAUAUGAAGAUGUAGAAUACUUGGAUGAGUAUCAAGAAAUAUCAGAUUCUGAAGGUCCUGAAGCAACGGUUGUGGAGGCAAUGAGUACGAAUAAUAAUGAGGCUACAACGUGCAAUAUGCAAAAUUCUUCUACAAAGAAUCAAAUAAUGAUUGUCGUAAAUAAAGAGAAUAAAGUAAUGGCUACUAAUAACAAAGAAAAUAGAAAUAAAAUCGUUAAAAAUACACCUAUGACAGAGAGGAACACAAAAACAUGUAACACAAAACAAGGACAUAUUAAACAAAAUGAACCACACAAACAAACAGUAGCAAGCCAUAGAUUUGAAAAAACAAUGGAAUAUACUAAUGAUUUAGUAGGCCUAACAGCAAAAGAUCAGCAGAUGAGAAAGAAAUAUUAUAGGAAAAAAUUAAAAUUAAUGUUAAGAGAUGUAACAGUAAAAGAAAGAAUGGCAACUGCAUUAGAAAAUAUAUCUAAUGUUUAUCCGUUUAUAAAAGACUAAUUUUCAAGUUGUGAUUUUCAAAGACUUCAUAUCUUUUAUUUGUGUUUAUGAUUUAAAAGAUUAUUUUUAUUUUUAUGUAUACUACUAUAUCAAUAUUAAUUUGUGUUACUGUACUACUAAUACUUGCCCGUUGGGCCUUAUACUUGCUAAUUAUCAUAAUUAUUACUAUAUAUUAUAUUGUCAUACUCAUAAUACUAAAAUAAUAAUACUGUGAAAACAAUUUGUGAUACUAGAGUAUUAUAAAUGAAAAGUUCCUAUUUUUUGUUACUUUGGGUGCAAUAAGGUAACUUAUAUAAGUACAUAAACUUUCAAAACCUUAUUAACUUUUACUUUUUGUUUUUAUUUUAUACUUUUAUAAUGUAAAACGUUAUAAGGUUAUAUACAUAUAUAGAUAUAUGAGAUUAUGUAUUACGUUGACAUUUGUAUCACUUUAGACAUGUGUUAAUAAAUAAUACACAUAUUUUAAGUAAAAUGUAUUAUUAUAUGUAAGUAAACAUAUUUUGAAUCAGUAA